CUCUCUCCCUCUCUCUCUCCUGCCUCUCUGCCUCAGCCAACCCGGGCUGUGCCGAGCUGCUCCCUGCGGGAUCAGAGCGCUCCCCCGCCGGGACCCUUCUCUCACAUCCCCCUGCUGGGACGCGGCUACAUUUCCAGCCAAGCACUGCCUGCCUUGGCUUUAUUAUGUGUGUCUGCGCCGCAGCCCCGCCAGCAGAGGCAGGCAGAGGAGGAGGAGGGAGGCUGGUAGCCAGAGUCAGGACAAAGAAAAAGCAGGGAGACAGAGGCUAGCGCAGGGUUAGACCGCUCCAAACAUCAGCCUGCCGUUUAUUAGGAAAUAUUAAACAGAACGGCUUGUAAAAGCAGCUUUCCCCUCGGGGUGGAGAGGCAGGGGGGAAGGAGCGCACUGUCCAUGCCACCAGAUCCACAACACCUAGAGUAGAAAUAACGGACGGCUCUGCCCGGUUCGGCUCCUGGAGGGGUGGGGGGAAGAGAACCAGAACAGCCUGAAACAGUGACACUAAACUAAAGAAGCUGAGAGGAAGAGGAGAGGAGGAAGAAGGCGCGCUUCAAUCGAUAGAAAAUAUUUGAAAAAAAUACCCGAAAUACCAAAAACAACAAUCCGUACGAGGUGCUGGCUGUCACUUCUCUCUAUCGCAGCGCGUGGAGGUCCUGUCCAGGUGUUGGUUGGUGUUUUUUUUUUUUUUUUUUUUUUUUUUUUUUUUGGACGCGCGCGUGGGUGGCAGCUCGCGCACAGGUCCGUCCGCGAGCGCUGGAAGAGGUCGGAGAAAGCGGAACGCGUGCGGCAGCGGCGGCGCGGCAGAGAGAAGAGAAGAAACAAAAUCAAGGUUGUCGGAGUCGCGGCGAGCGAGGAAGUUGUGUCCGCUUCUCCCACAAAACGCAGCAGCAGCGGCAGCUGACUGGCCGGACUGACGGCAGUGACCGAAGCUGCCGCAUUGCAACAGGCGAAGAAGCAGCGAAGAGGUGGUGGAGGUGAAGAAGAAGGAGAAGAAGAAGAGGGAGGAAGAGGAAAGGACAGCCCGGCUGCUCCGCCGCCUGCAUGGGAAGCUGAAACCAGGAGCGGAACGAGAGCAGUUAGAGAAAAUCCAGGUUUCAGGGCGCAAAGCGGAGAUGUCCAGACGGAAACAGGCCAAGCCGCGCUCUGUUAAAGCGGUGGAAGAAGGAGAACCGUCGGAAGGAGGAGGGACGUGGGAUGAAUCCGCCGUCCAGACAGACGUUCCGGCGCCCAGCAGAGAGGCGGGGCUUAAGGACGGCCAGGGGGGCGUGGCCGAGGACGGCGAGCAGGAGGAGCGCGACGACGACGACCUUGACGACGAGUCCAUCUUCACCUGCGAUAACUGUCAGCAGGACUUCGACUGCCUGGCCGAGCUCAGCGAACACAGAACCAACCACUGCCCCGCCGAUGGCGACGAUGACCCCGCCGGCCUGUCCUGGGUGCCCUCCUCGCCCUCCAGCAAGGACGUGGCGUCGCCCUCCCAGAUGCCCGACGGCUGCUGCGACCUGGGCAUGGCCACCGGCGGCGAGGAGGAGGGCGGCGCCGGCCUGCCGUACCCCUGCCAGUUCUGUGACAAAUCCUUCAGCCGCCUGAGCUACCUGAAGCGACACGAGCAGAUCCACAGCGACAAGCUGCCUUUCAAGUGCACAUUCUGCAGCCGCCUGUUUAAACACAAGAGGAGCAGAGACCGCCAUGUGAAGCUCCACACAGGUGAUAAGAAGUAUAGCUGCCAGGAAUGUGAAGCUGCGUUUUCUCGCUCCGAUCACCUGAAGAUCCAUCUUAAAACACACAGCUCCAGCAAACCAUUUAAAUGCUCAGUGUGCAAACGUGGCUUCUCUUCCACCUCAUCACUGCAGAGCCACAUGCAGGCUCACCGUAAGAACAGAGAGCACCUGGCGCUGCGGAGCGAGAAGGACGGCGGGAAGAAGGGGACUGGCGGAGACGUGGACCUGGACCAGGACCUGUACAUGUGCGAUUAUUGCGAGGAGACGUUCAGCCAGACGGACGAACUGGAGAAGCACGUCCUGACCCGACACCCACAGCUGUCCGACCGGGCCGACCUGCAGUGCAUCCACUGUCCGGAGAUCUUCCUGGACGAGGCGUCGCUGCUCACGCAUAUCGAAACGCAGCACGCCAACCGGAAGCACAAAUGUCCGGUCUGCUCGGAGCAGUUCCCGUCCGUGGAGGACGUCUACUGCCACCUGGACAGCCACCGCCAGCCCGACUCGUCCAACCACAGCGCCGCCAGUCCCGAUCCGCCGCUCGGAAGCGUGGCCUCCAUGAGCUCGGCCACGCCGGACUCCAGCGCCAGCCUGGAGAGAGGCUCCACCCCUGACUCCACCCUGAAGCACAGCCAGAGCAGCGAACGAGGCCGCAGGAGGGGCGGAGACUCCGGGGAGGACGGAGCGAUUAGUCUGGCCCAUCAAGGCUCAGGAGGGAGUUGGGCUAAGGUGACGUAUUCGUGCCCGUACUGCUCAAAGAGAGACUUCCACAGCCUGGCCGUGUUAGAGAUCCAUCUGAAGACCAUCCAUGCAGACAAGCCGCAGCAGAGCCACACCUGCCAGCUCUGCCUGGAAACCCUGCCCACGCUCUACAACCUCAACGAGCACGUGCGAAAGGCCCACCGCGCUAGCGGCGGGAGCGUCGGCUCGGCGGCGGCGGCAGCGGCUUUCCCUCUGCUCCAGUUCACAAACGUCACGGCGUUUCACUGCAACUAUUGUCCGGACAUGUUUGGGGACAUCAACUCCCUGCAGGAGCACAUCCGAGUGUCCCACUGCCUGCCUGGGGGGAUCAUGGCAGGAUCCACCACGCUAGAGGGGAACCACGCCUUCUUCUGCAACCAGUGCUCCAUGGGGUUCCUGACGGAGUCCUCGCUGACGGAGCACAUCCAGCAGACGCACUGCACCUCGGCCACAGGAGGCGGGACGGCGUCGGGAGGAGCCGUGGCCAAACUGGAGUCCCCUGUCCUCCAGGCUGCGUCUCAGUCCUUCAUGGAGGUCUAUUCCUGCCCUUACUGCACCAAUUCUCCCAUCUUCGGCUCACUCCUCAAGCUCACCAAGCACAUCAAGGAGAACCACAAGAACAUCCCGCUGGCUAACAACAAACGGCAGGCGAAGGUGGCUGACCUCAGCCCAGCCUCGUCCGACGUGGAGAUCUCCUCUCCCAAACGCCACCGCCUGGGCGGUGACUCCACCCCGUCCCUGGGAAGCAACGGCGAUUAUCCCUGCAACCAGUGCGACCUCCGAUUUUCCAGUUUCGAGGGUUUCCAGGUGCAUCUGAAGUCUCACCUGGAGAUGCUGCUGAGGCGCCAGUCCUGCCCGCAGUGCAACAAAGAAGACUUUGAGACGCAGGACGCGUUGCUGCAGCACCUCACGGUUCAUUACACCACCACGUCGACGCAGUACGUGUGUGAAAGCUGUGACAAGCAAUUCUCGUCCGUGGACGACCUGCAGAAACACCUGCUGGACAUGCACACCUUCGUCCUGUACCACUGCACCCUCUGCCAGGAAGUCUUCGACUCCAAGGUCUCCAUACAGGUGCAUUUGGCUGUGAAGCACAGCAACGAGAAGAAGCUGUUUCGCUGCACAGCCUGUGCCUGGGACUUUAGAAAGGAGGCAGACCUUCAGCUCCAUGUCAAACAUAACCACCUGGGUCAAAGGUCAGGCCUCCCUGGAGGACUCGCAGGGCUGAAGCCUCGGAAGUGCAUCUUCUGUGGGGAAACGUUCGGAACAGAAGUGGAGCUCCAGUGUCACAUCACCACCCACAGCAAGAAGUUCACCUGUCGCUUCUGCGGCAAAGCUUUCCACGCCAUCUCGCUGCUCGAGAGACACCUGCGGGAGAAGCACUGUAUCUUCGACGGCAGCAACGGCGGUGGCACCGGCAGCAGUGGGAGUCAGAACGGGACGCCCAACGGCCUGGCUCAGACCUCCAAGCGGGGAGGAGCAGGAAGCGGCGCGGCGGCAGCAGCAGAGAGAGCGACGGUGGCGGCCGCCGAACAGGCCGACCUGCAGAACAUCCUGCUGAAGGGCGGGGUGGUUGGGGGCGGGGGGUCGUCGCAGGCAGGCGACACGGCCAACAGUCAUGAGGCGAGCGGCGGAGAAGAGGAGCUGGACAACUCCGAGCCCAUGUACGCCUGCGACAUCUGCGGCGCGGCAUACACCAUGGAGUCGCUGCUGCAGAACCACCGGCUGCGGGACCACAACAUCCGGCCAGGAGAAGACGACGCAGGUUCCAGGAAGAAGAAGGCAGAUUUCAUCAAAGGGAACCACAAGUGCAACGUGUGCUCCAGGACGUUCUUCUCUGAGAGCGGGCUGCGUGAGCACGCUCAGACGCACCGCGGCCCCGCCAAACACUACAUGUGUCCCAUAUGUGGGGAGCGCUUCCCGUCUCUGCUGACUCUCACUGAACACAAGGUGACCCACAGUAAAAGCCUGGACACAGGAACCUGUCGGAUCUGCAAGAUGCCCCUGCAGAGCGAGGAGGAGUUCAUAGAGCACUGCCAGAUGCACCCCGACCUUCGCAACUCGCUCACCGGCUUCCGCUGCGUCGUCUGCAUGCAGACCGUCACGUCAACGCUGGAGCUGAAGAUCCACGGCACCUUCCACAUGCAGAAGCUCUCCUCUGGAUCGGCGCUGGGGGGAGUCGGAGGCGGCAACGGCGGAGUGGGCGCAGGCAACGGCUCAGCCUCCUCGUCCCCCAACGGGCAGCUGCAGCCGCACAAGCUCUACAAAUGCGCCUUCUGCUUGAAGGAAUUCAAGAAUAAAGGGGAUCUGGUGAAGCUGGACGUCAACGGGCUGCCUUACGGCCUGUGUGCCAGCUGCAUGAGCAGGGGGACGAACGGCCAGAGUCCCAGCCAGAGCGGAGGAGCAGUGACGCCGGGGGACACUCCAGCAGACAAGGCCCUGACCGGGCUGAGGUGUCCGGAGUGUGGCGUGAAGUUUGAAAGCGUCGAGGAUCUGGAGAGUCACGUCCAGACGGAUCACCCUGAGGUCAGCCCCGAAACCAGCGCAGCGGGAAAGAAGGCCGAGGCUUCGCCUGCACCCAAGAAAAAGACCUACCAGUGUAUUAAAUGCCAAAUGACGUUUGAGACGGAAAGAGAGAUCCAGAUCCACGUGGCUAAUCACAUGAUCGACGAGCCCACCUGUCAGCAAGAGGAGGGCAUCAAUCACGAGUGCAAGCUGUGUAACCAGAUGUUCGACUCACCUGCCAAGCUGCUGUGCCACCUGAUAGAGCACAGCUUCGAAGGCAUGGGCGGUACCUUCAAGUGUCCCGUCUGUUUUACAGUGUUUGUGCAGGCCAACAAGCUGCAGCAGCACAUUUUUGCCGUUCACGGUCAGGAGGACAAGAUCUACGACUGCUCCCAGUGUCCGCAGAAGUUCUUCUUCCAGACAGAGCUACAGAACCACACACUGAGUCAGCACGCGCAGUGAGACCGGCGCCCUGCGGGAUCCCUCAGCUCAGCCGCGCCCCCGACCCGCAGCCGGCGGGGGACCCCCAUCUCCACAUCACAGCCAAUCAAAGUGUCAUUUGCUACUCACAUGUAAAAGUGUAACGAUCGCGCGACUGGGCGCGGCCAUUAGGAGCAGCGGGUGACGGAAUAUUAAUGGGAAAUGCUAUUAAAUAAAGAAAAGGGGGAAAGUGGGAAACUGUAAGAGCGACAUGACGGGAGGAGAAGGGCGAACAAAGGUAUUGUACGUGCAGCAGUAUUUUUUAUUGUCCCUGCCAAGCCCUGUCCUCCUGACUCAUGCUUUUUAUUUUAUUUUACAACAAACAGAAUAAAAAACACGUUUUUCAUUUUCGUUAUACUUUCCAUAGAUUGUAGGAAAAGCUUCACUUUGUUGCGUCUUUGUUUUUGUUAUUUUUUGUCCUUUUUUUUGCCUUUUCUUCAGUAUUUUAUUUGUUGCGGUUAGUAGGUACUCGUGCUGUGUUGUGAUUGUUUGCCAGUCGUAAUAUCCCCGGCCCCGCCCACAAACAACCUUUCCUUUUUAUGAUUGUUAUAUAUAUUUUCUCCCUUUUUGUAAUUACUAUCAAAAAAAAUCAUGAAAACAAAAAUAAAGUGCAGAAAAACAUACAGAUCUUUUCUUUCAUUUUUCUGCUCUUUUCUUAUUUUUAUUUGGGAUUUCCAGACAUGGAGCCUGUUAUGGUUAUUGUACAAAUGAUUAUCAUUGAUUUCAGUGCGUCUGGUCAAAGACCGGUUUUUAAAUGUGAAUUAACCAGAUUGCAAUAAUCUAGUACAGAAAAAAACAAGAAAACAAAUAAAUAAAAGAGAAAUAAAGAA